CUUGAUUACUUUUACUUUUAUGAUGCGAUUUGACGCACCACAGUAUUAGUUCUUUGUUGAGCCUCGUUUGAUAAUUUUUCAAGUCCCGUAUCAUUUAUAUCUGCUAGUUAGUACCUGCACUAAUCCGAUCAUAACUCAACUGAUCGUUAAUUCUGGCUUUAGAGAGAAUUAACUUUAGCUCUGAUCAAAUUUUCAGGAUUUGAUUGUUAUGUUAUGGCUUUUAUUUGUUAGGGAUUCAGCGGAGACAAAGCCGAUCGUCAACUAAAACGACUGUCUUCACUGAGUGGUUUGAGAGGCUCAGGUCAUAAGUCCCGAAUGAACAACAGUGGCGGGGCAGGGGCAGCGACUGGGGCCAAGUACGUGACCUAUUCUACUGACGUGAGUGUAUCUAAGACAGAGGAUGAGGAUGAGUCAUCAUUCGGAGGCUACGAGCAACCUAAACUUCAUCAACAUAACAAUAAACAGCAGAAUAAACCAGUCCCAAAUGCCCAAAUUCUUGAGAAUUUCGCGGAAUUGGUUGCUGCUUUUGAACGAAGUGUCUCAAGCAUGAACAAACAAAUUCACAAGCAGAUGAGUGGAUCUCCCAAACUCCCUCGGAGAACUCACUCAAGUGUACAAGAGAGAUCAGGCGGUCUGCCGCACGCUUAUUCGGCCAACUGGUACGCCACAGAUGCUCACAGCAGGGAAGAACUGGACGAGCCUUCUUCAUCCGCGAACAAACCAGGACUCAUAGGGGGGUCCCAAGGCAAUAUGUGGGACGCUUUCGGGUCCAUGCCUCGCAGGAGUCAGAGUCAACGAAACCCACCUAGGGGUCAAUUCGGAGAAGAGUUUCAAGGGGAUGGAAAUGUGUACGAAGGUAUUGGCACUAACCCAAGGAGAAACAGUCCAUAUUCACCAGCUCACUCCGAUUUUCACAGACCAAUUUACCCCUCCUCUACCUCCCCAAAUUCGGGCUACAAUUUCGCAGCACCAGACUACUCUGGAUCGAAUCCUUACGCCUCAUCCUCCUCCCGACCCACUCCCCCACCACCCCCUCCGAGGUCCUUUCUGGAUCAGGGAGAGCAGGGGGGUCAUCGUGCUCCAAUAGUAGGCGACCCGAGACAACACUAUAGUCCUUAUCAGCUGAGCGAUCCGUCACCGUCUCUUGGGGUCAAGGCGAAAUCGAAGAUUGCGGCCUGGCUUCCGGUGAAGUUGGUGCGAAGAAAAAGGAGCAAAACACACCAGAGGGCAGCCCAAGCUACCAGUUCAUUCCAGUUGAGCCAGCAACCUCAGGCAGGUCAGAGGAGCGAUCAGAGAGAAAGGAGUCGGAGUCCUUCGCCUGUGUUCGGGGCACACGGAGGAGGCGGUCACUUCCCUUCUUCUGCUUCAAAAGACGGGAUCUUUGGAGUGCCGUCCCAAUCUACACUCAACAGAAGGGGCUAUCAAGGAGGACGAGGCGCUGGAGCCGGCAGUCCGAUGGAGAUCGGGGGUGGAGUAGUAGGAGGAGUUUACUCUCUCGGGGAGUUGGCAAAGACGUUGAAAGACGCUGAGAGGCAGAUUGCGAGGCUGAAUCGGGAACAGUCGCUCAUGAGCCGAAACUUCGAAGGCAGUCGCAAAGACGUACUCGCUCUCCAGACUGAGAACGAGAAGCUGAAGCGUGACUACAUGGCGAUCCAGAGGGAACUGCAGACCAUCCGGAUGUCCACAUCGCCGCCGGAGUCACCCCACAACCACGCUGUUGUCCCCAUGGCACACCCCAGACUUCAAUCAUCGCCCCAAUUAGACCAGAUUGACUCAGCAGGUGGCUACUCGUCGAUGAAAAGGAAGCAGCAGCAGCAGUCUACGUUGAGUAGAGACCGGGGAGCAAGUUAUGAGGCCCACCUGGAGAGUCCCAUUAUUGCCCCCUAUGGGGGAGGAGGACUGAGGGGGGAUCGGAUAGUGAACAAUAAUGGACUCAACAGAAGUUUGGGGGGAAGGGCUGGCACUCCAUACUCUAUCGCCAAUACGGCCUCUUCUUCCCGUGACGUGCUCGACCACUCCGCCUAUUCUGUGGACGACUGCAUCACUCCCCCCUCAAGAGUCAACCAAGUCCAGCUGAGUCUGGAAGCACCAUGGAAUACCCAUCGUUUCACCAGAGACAGAGAAUCACCAUCGCUGCAGUCCAACACUGAACAGAAAUUGAGAUGUGUGACUCUGUGCGAUGACUUCGAGAUCAAACCAGACACAGGAUGGGCGGAACUGGACCGCAAGCUAGAGGUCCUAUUCCACAAACUGGCUUCCACCAUUGAUCCAGAGUCAUCUUUAGGACUGGAUUUCUACACUGAUGUGCAUUGCUACUCUAUAGGAGAGAUUGAACGAGUUCUGUCGUCGAGUAAGUCAGAAGCUCCGAGCAGCAGAUAUUCGGACCCCUCGAUUCUUCCGUACGGCUAUUGUAUCGCAUCUCUUAACCUUAUCGUCCUCAAACUUAACACACACUCUUCCACUUCUCUUCUGGCCAUUGAGACUUGUAUCAGUAAACAGACUUGGGACACCUACAUUGGGCUCCUCGACAAACACAAAAAGGUAGUGUUUAUGGGACCACAAUGCGUGGGAAAGAAAUACUUGUCACUUCAAUUAGCCAUCUUCAUUUCUGAGAACGGGAACAGGGGAAGAGGAUCGGACACCUCUAACUCUUCUUGUGGGGGGAACUUGUCCAUGUCCAUCAGUUCAUCUGGCAAGUCAGUUGGGGGAGGGGACGGAGAGUUCCCAAAUGUGUUUGUAAUGGACGCCAGUAAGGAGUCGGAGAUAUCGUUCAAGACAAAACUGCAGAACAACUUUAUUCGACCAGAGCAAGAGCAUGAGUACUCGACUGUGCAUUGCUCAAAGGGAGGAAACGGAAGAGUGGGGGCGGGAGGGUCCAGUCGUCCCAGAAGCAGGGUGGGGGUGGUACUGAAUAUCCAACUGACAUCUGUGGCCUCUACAUUACAGACACUCAAUAGCAACAGAUUGACUGUGGAUUACGUAAUACUAACAAUGCAGACACAAAACUCACAAGUGGACAAUUUUAGACUAUACAAAAACUUCAGGUGGAUUAAUCUGAACACGGAAAAAGAGCCCCUCGAAGGACUCUUUGGGAGGACAGUGAAUAGACGACUGGUGUGUGAACAACAAGGGUACUCAGUGUCUCCUGACAGUGCACAGGGCAGACACGUGAUCAAACUGUGGAGUUGGAUGGAACAGUUCUGCAGAAAAGUGACCAAAUUAGUCAGCAAAAUGGGACUGCAAAAUGUUAUCAGAGUCGGUCCUUCUAAAUUCCUGCUUUGUCCCAUUGACCCUGAUAGUCUGAGAACGUGGACAAGCAAUUACUGGAACAGAGAAAUCACUCCACAGCUGAAGCUUCUUUCAGACUCACUGCGAAAUGAUAAAGAAUGUAGAGAGGUCAUCGACUGGGUCUACCAGAGUUUUCCCUGGAACAGUUCCAGCGGAGAACAAAAUCAACUCAUGCCUUUAUUCAGCCAAAAUGACCAGCAGUUUGACUAUAACGCAGACUUCGACGAACUCAUUUUGUCUCUGGGACUCGACAGCAGCGAGUUAAAAAGUGACUCCAAUGUCGUCAAAACACUCACGCCGGGAACCGACGAGGAAGACCCUUUCGAGCUGUUAGACGACGGGGUCGAAGAUGAAUCAGAAUCGAUUGUUCCUUUCGCCCGAUCAGAGUUGAGUAUUCCUUUCGUCCAACCGGAAUCGAGUGCGUCUUUUGUGCAGAGUACAAGUACUGACUCGAAUAAUUCUGGGGGAAAUCCACGGAUCAAAAAGCCGACGAGACCAGUUAGACGAAACGGACUCAGCUCAAAUAACGUCAAGAGUGCAAAGAUUAGAACGCAGAAUGGAAAUCAAGGAAGCGAGCAUGAAUCUUUUUCAAACGAGGAGUUCUAAUUUACAAAAUGCGGUUCAUUGGACCAAUAUGACAAUAUUCACUGAGUAAUAAUUCCCGUAUAUUUCGGAGCCGUGCACACCUCAGAUUAUGCUUCAAAGCCAAAAUUUUCAAGUCUAGUUUUAAA